AUGGGCACACAAUAUUUUGAGCACAAGUUAGAAUGUUCGAUAUCAGAUCCACAUUUUCAGCUGAUGGAAUGGCAUCCAACUCUAAACAUCUUAGCUGUUGCCUCUGUUGUCUCUCAGUCUGGCACACAUAUUCUUUUCUAUACUGAAGACGGAGAGCAAGAUGAAACAAAUAAAAUACAGCAUGCUAGUAAUGCUCAAUGUCUAUCUUGGCAUCCAGCUAAAAAAACAUUAGCUAUCGGUUUUUCAAAUGGAGAAUUAAUGAUACAUGGUGGGUCCAACAGACGACUGGAAAGUGUUAUUGUACAUAAAACGUGUAUAACUGCUCUUGCAUUCAAUGCAGAUGGUACGAGAUUGCUAUCAUGCGAUCAAGAAGGCCUCGUUAUCAUAUGGAAAGCUGAUUCAUUAGUACAAGUAUCACAAUCAAGCAUUCUACUACAGCAAAAUGUGGGAGAAACAGUGACAUUUGCCAUACUUAAAACUUCCCCUUCAGGUAGAUCGGAUCAAGAUUACCGUGAAUUAGCACGAGCAGCAGUGAGUGGUGAUCAAACAGCUUUAGACAUGUUGGCACAGACAACAAGUCGAAAAGAAUCAACGGAAACGGCAACAUUUUUUGUUGGAACAGAUCGAGUAUCAAAUAUGAUGACACAGUAUAAUUUACAGUUGUUAGAAAGAGGACAACUGCUUCAGCCUACAAUAUCGGGUAAACUUAGUGGAAGACCGGCUGAUUCUGACUAUACAUUAGUUGGUACAAACUUUUUUGCUUAUGUAACGGGAGAAUCAACUAUACGAAUGAUUAAUGUAUCAUCGACAGAAAAUCUAAUGCUACGAUUAAACACAGAGUUGGGUUAUGCAAGUAACGAGAAUCUUGUAUGCAUAACUUAUUGUCAAACUAGAGGUGUACUGGCGGCGGGAACCGAUCGGGGAAACAUCGCUUUAUGGUUAUACGUACCUAAUCAUCGAACAACAGAUGUAGAAAAACAUUGGCGUUUAAAUCGAGCGAAAUCAAUUUGCAAUGGCGUACCCAUCAGACUUAUCAAGUAUUGUCCGCAACGAAAUUGUCUUGCUGCCAAUCUAGUUUCACAAGUUUAUGUUUUAACAGACGAAUUAAUGUCGGCUGCUUAUCGUGAUAAUCUUGCUAUUGUUCAAUUGAGUCCGACAACCGUUCAUAUGGCAUUUUUUCGCUAUAGUGUUAUUAAAGAAGAUACAUUAGAUAUGCCGUUCAAAAAUUUAUCGGUUUCAAAAAAUCACAUUGCUAUUUGGAAUAGAAAACAAGUGAAAAUCUACGAACUAAUUUGCGAUGCUUCGAAAUCAGAUGAAGAAAAAAUUCAACGUACAGAAAAAGGUUCAUUUACAUGUACCCCAACCAAUGUUAUUUUGUUUGAUCAAAUAUUGUUUAUAAUGGAAAAUGGACGGAUCAAUGUUAUGUCAUUUCAAGGAACAUCUCGUCAACAGUUAACAUUUGCACAAAAUGAAGGUGAUGCAUGCAAUAUGAAUUUGAAUGGCUCAUAUUUGGUUGUUGGUUCAACAAAAGGUUUUGUCAAAGUCUUUGAUGUAUCACGAAGAGACAUUCGCGCAUUGGGUAAAACACUAAAUGUUAAUAAUCACACACCAUCAGUUGAUUCAAUACGUGAAUUAGCGAUCAAUUGUAAUGGUACAAAAGUAACUGUUCUUACAUCACAGAAAGAUGUAGUAGGCAAUUUUGACUUUAGUAUGGAAAAGUUACCUGGUACAGAAUAUGGUCUCAUUGGACAAAAUCAACCCUCUGGAAAUGAAACAGAAAGAAAUUCUAGCGCUAUAAAUAAAAUUUUAUAUCGUCGUUAUCCUUCACAUAUGACAUGGGAUCCAGAAGAUAGUCGAUUAUUAGCAUUAGAAGUCUAUUUAUCACAACAAAAAAUUGAUUUAAUAUUAACAUCAGAUGAUGAGAAAACACAGGAUUUAUUACGAUCGAGUAGAAAUUUUGAUGGUGGUGAUGAGUAUAAUAACAAUGAUGAAUUAGCUGAAUGUAUUGUUGUCAGUAUGCUAUGUACAUUGGAUAAUCAAUUAUUUCCAAAAGAUGCUUUUCCAAGAGAUAGUUAUUAUCGACAAUUGAUUGCUGUUCGAAUACCAUUUUAUUUUUUCGUCACAAGAGAAAAACAUCCAGAUUUUGAUAAACAUAUGAAAACUCAGAAAACAUUACAAUCAAAAAAUGAUAGAAACUUAGGAGAUGAUAAUCAAUUAACAGCCAUUAAAAACUCACGCAUUAGGAUACAAAUACCAAAAUUAGAUUCUUUAGAUUCUAGUGGUUUAGUACAAUCAUCAUCAUCAAAUCAUCAACAAAAUUCAAUUUCAUAUGAUACUGAAUUGAAUGAAACCGUUGUUUAUUCUGAAUAUUUGACGGGUAAAACUAUGCCAGAUUUUGUUGGCGUUAGUGUUAUUGAUAAAAAUAUUGUUGAUGCAAUAAUGAACUUUAGUUAUCAUUUAACAUUGGGUGAUAUUGAUAGUGCAUUCAAAGCAAUUAAACAAAUAAAAAAAGAAAGUGUUUGGGAAAAUCUGGCAAGAAUGUCUGUUUUAUCUCGUCGUGCUGAUGUUGCAAAAAUAUGUUUAGGAAAAAUGGGUUUAUUUCGUGGUGCAAGAGCAUUACGUGCAGUUGAACAUGAUAAACCUGAAGUUAAAAUAGCCGUAUUAGCAAUACAUUUAAAUAUGAAAGAAGAAGCUGAAAAAAUAUUAUUACAAUCAAAACGUUAUGAUUUAUUAAAUCAAUUUUAUCAAUCUAUUAAUGAAUGGGAUAAAGCGAUUGAUAUAUCACUACGUCAUGAUCGAAUACAUUUGAGAAAUACCUAUUAUAAUUAUGCAAAAUAUCUUGAACAAUAUAAUCAAAUUGAAAAAGCUGUCGAAUUUUAUGAAAAAUCUGGCACACAACAAAACGAAGUUCGAAGAUUAUACUUAAAACGAAAAGAUAUGAGUGGUUACAAAGAAUAUACAGCUAAACAAAAUGAUCCUAAAUUGUUUUGUUGGUGGGGUCGAUAUUUUGAAAGUCGUGGUAAAGUAGAAGAGGCACUUGGAUGUUAUCGUAAAGCAAAUGAUAAUCUCUCACUCUGUCGUCUGUUAUGUGAUAAUGAUCAACCAACAAAGGCAAUUGAAUUGUGUGCUGAUACAGGUGAUAAAGCGGCAUGUUAUCAUAUGGCACGUUAUUUUGAGAAAAAAGGUGAUCAUAAACAAGCAAUAGCCUAUUUUCAACAAGCAUCAGCCAUUAGUAAUGCCAUGAGACUUUGUCGAGAACAUCAUUUAGAUGAAUAUAUGGCAAAUAUUGCUAUACAAGGUACAUCAGAUGAUAAACUAGAGGCUGCAAGAUAUUUUGAAUCAUUACCAAUGCAAGAAGAUCGUGCAAUAUUAUUAUAUCAUAAGGCUGGACUUACAUCAAAAGCGAUUGAUCUCGCAUUUAAACAUGAACGUUAUUCAGCAUUAGCUCAAAUAGCCGAUAGUGUAGGAAAAAGUCAUGAUUCAUCACAAGUAACAAGAAUGGCCGAUUAUUUUAUGCAGUUGAAACAAUAUGAUAAAGCUGUUGAUCUAUUAGCAGCAAUCGAUAGAGUGGACGAAGCGGCUGAUUUAGCUAUUCGCAAUGAAAUACCGUUAACAGAAGAUUUACUUGAAAGAUUGAGUCCAGCUAAACCAAUAAACGAUGUUGAUCUACAACGUUAUCAAGCUACGUGUGAGAAAUUAGGUGAUUUAGCUGCUUCUCAAGGUGUUUAUAGUGGUGCUGCGAAGAAAUACCUUGAUGCCGGCAAUAAAAUGAAGUCAAUGAGAGCUUUGAUUAAUUCGGGAGAUGUAGAAAAAAUAACUGUAUUUGCAAAUGUAGCAAGAAAUCGUGAUGUCUAUUUAUUAGCAGCUGAUUACUUAAAAUCGUUAAAUUGGAAAAAAUAUCCUGAUGCUUUACAAAAUAUAAUGAAUUUCUACAAAAAAGCAAAAGCUUACGAAAAAUUAGCACAAUUUUACGAUAUGUGUGCUCAAAUUGAAAUAGAAGAAUACAAAGAUUAUAAUAAAGCAUUAGAAGCGUUAUUAGAAGCAUAUAAAACUUUAAAAGAAAAUGGUGAAAAUACAUUUACAAAAGAUGAAGCAUUACAAGAAUUAGAAUUAAAAUGUCGAAAUAUCAAACGUUUUAUUGAUGCAAGAGAUCGCUAUAGUGAAGAUCCAGAACAAGGCGCACGUGAAUUAGCCAAUUUACUUGGUGAUCAAAAAAUAUUUGUUGGUGUUCAUGCAGGUGACAUAUAUGGAAUAUUGAUUGAUCAUUUUGGACGACGAGAAAAAUUUAAACAAGCAACAAUGUUGUUAGAUGAGUUACAAGCUCAUGUACCAGAAAAAUAUUUUUCUCAUUAUAUCAAUCCAAAUCUACUCUCAGCUAUUUAUAGUGCAACUGGAAGAAAAUUAGCACCACCAACUACACCACCAAAAGAAGAAAUUGAAAAUGGUGACCAUCAUCUUGCGUAUGCUGAAGAAAUUGCUGAUAAUUCAUCCUAUGGAAUUAUCGAUGAUUAA